CCCCCAAAUUCACCCCAGGAUCUUUUCACGCUGAAGUUCAUGAUCGAAAGAUCAAUGGAAAAGAGCCUUACAUAAUCCAGCCAAGUUCCCCUAGUCUGGGAGGUUUCUAUUGGUUCAUGUUGUGCGACAAUUUCCACACUAAAUAAUAAGAGAGAUGUCCUCCCGACCAAAUCAUAAUUGCGCAAGGCGGCUUUCUUUUCCAUCUUGCUUCACCAUCCCUUUUCAAUAAUUCUGUCAUUGACCCAUCGGUUUUCAUCAAUUAAUACGUAGUAGUCCCCACUACAAUACUCGGAAAUCCUUUUGGUCGAUACGGUGCAACGAAGAUCCAACCACCAGCACAAAACGGGUUGCGACAGCUUUCAAACUCAGGGCCAGCAGCUGUUCAGUACGGUCAACCUAUAAUCAACCAAACCCCUGCUGCGCAGAAUAUACAUGUUCUGAAGAUUUCGCAAUAUUUAAGUCAGCUUCCCGAUCAACCCGCACCUUAUCAACGCAAUAACUCGAAGUCCGACGUCAUUAUGGCUGGUACACAGCAAUACAAUUUCCCUCCCCCUCCUCCCCCUCCUUCGGGACCACCCUCUGUUGGAUAUCCUCAACAAAAUCCUCAGUAUGGGUAUCAGCAACCUCCUCCAUAUCAGCAGACGCGCAAUAAUGGCCCCCCAAGAGGUGGAGCGAGAGGCGGUCACAAUGGCCCUUCUCACUCGCAUCAAAAUGGUUACAACGGUCCUCCACAGAUACAAGGUCCUCCAAGUGACCAAUACAAUCCGCAUAAUCCAGCACCUUACAUAGGACCUCCAAGUGGCUCUCAAGGUCCUGGCCACAACGGCCCCCCUAACAAUUAUCCUCAGCAAUGGCAACAACAGGGUCAGCAUGGUCCACCUCAGCACAACCACGGUCCACCUCAACAAGCACACCAGCCACCACCUCAAGUUCCUCUUCCGGCGCAGAACUACCAUCCAAAUUAUGCUCCACAGGGCUUCAAUCAACAGCCACCACCACAAUAUGGUCCACAGCAACCUGCACCAUUUCAACAACCCUAUGGCCCGCCUUCUCAGCAACCACACCCUAGUGGUCCACCCCAACAAUGGCAAGGUCCACCUCAAGGACAACAUCAGUUCAAUAAUAAUAGAGGUCGUGGUCGUGGUGGUUUCAAUAAUGGCCGUGGCGGUCAUGAAGCACCUCUCAUGGGUCCUCCGAUCCGCAUGGGAUUUGAGAACGAACGUGGAGAUCAUAUGGCUCAAGCGGGCAAUGGUUUUCCUACCCCCCAAUAUUCCAAUCAUCAAACCCCCCCUGCUCCAUUCUCUCAGCCUGCUUAUCAAGCAUAUCCCCCACAAAACUUCUCUAAUGGAGGUCAUGGAGGACAGCGUCCAUCGCAUGAUUCUCAUUCAUUCAACUCGAGCUCUAAUCGGGGCAGAGGAAAUGGGAACUUUAGAGGUAGAGGUCGCGGUGAUAAUUUUCAAUAUCGCGGUCGCGACAACAAUCGUUCUUUCAAUGGCAAUUCACAAUCUCCUCCAAUGCAUUUCAAGCCUGCAGGUGCAGGAGACAAUGCGAAGAAGAAUAAGAAGAAGCGCAGAACAAAUACUCUUGGUUUGACACCAAACGGUGUGGAUCAUGAGGAUAGCGAUGAUGAGAUUGAUGAUGUUGAUGAAGAAGCUCGUUUGGUUACUUUGCUUGGUCCAGAUACUCCACAGUUACCUGCAGAUCUCACGGCAUGGCUCGCUGAGCGUAAGAGCCGCUUCCCUACGAAAGCUCGUAGAGAAGCUGCUGCUGAGGAGCUUCGCUUGAAACGUGAACAAAACAAGAAUCACAAGUUCAAGAAAGAGCCUGAAGCAAAGCCCAUUAAAAAGGAUGACGGAGAGACCAAACUCGAAAAACAGCAACGCAAGGCCGAGAAGCUUAGACUAGAACUUGAGAAAGCUGAACGUAAGAUUAAACAAGAGAUGUCCGGUGGAAAGCGCAAGCGUGAAAAUGGCGAUGAGGGUGAUGAAGAUCGUGGUCAAGUGAGUGAUGAUGAUGAUUCUUCAUCUAAUUCUGACACGGGGAAGCCGGAAACAAUGACAUCGCGCAACAAUGGUUUUACCGGUAUCGUGCACGCACGAGCACCACCAACAAAAGCCCAGCUCCAACGUCACUGCAAGUACUAUUCUACUGGUGGCACCUGCGGCAAGAAGGGCAAGUGCCGCUUCGUUCACGACCUAGACGUCCGCAACCAAGCUUUGCGAGAGAAGGAGUUGAAUGGUGGUAAGAUGACUAUUGCUCAACGUCUCAUUCUUAACGACACCGCCAAGGAUGAUUUGACAAUCUUGAAGUCUAUCAAGUACCUCAAGGAGAAGGGUUUGAUGCCAGAGAACUCUUCUGUUGGUGCACCACCAGCAGAGGAAACCGAAACCAAGACUGAGGAAAAUGAUUACGCCGAUGCACCCGAAUAUGGAGAGGUUUGAUCUUCUUCUAUGGAAGCAUUUUUUCUGGGUUCAAUUAGUUACAAUCUGUCACAUAUCAUGCACACCCAGCACCUACUCGAUAUGUAUUGGUAGUCAAUGUGACGGAGCAGAUUGAGGAGAUCAGGGAAAAAUCAUUGUUUGAUGAGUUUGAUGUUUUCACUUUCAUCCAUCACUAUCGGCAAAGCGCGAGUACUUAUCAAAAGUCUGAUACCCGAAACCUUUAUGCUUGGUAGUCUAUACCUUGUAAUUCUUGCUUUGUAUUUCAAUUUAGUUGAUUGGGGAGGAACCGGCAGAGAGUUGAGGGGGUUUUUCCUUUGAUUCUUUUCACCUGUACACUUCUACAGUCAUUCGAGAUCACGACUUCGUUGGCCCCCCGAUAUUUCUUUCUUCGCGCAGGCUUUUCAUUGUAUUAGUUACAUUUCUCCAGAAAAGCAAACAUUUUUCAUAUUAUGACAAUUUUCAUCAAAUCCUACACGAAACACAAUACUUGACACUUUUGUGCAAGUUUUACAUACUGAUGGGCACGGAAUCGAUGGCAAGUUUGCUGAGAGUCACCAAAUUGAAUGUAUUAUAGUUUCUGUGGUUUUUUUGGGAAGGUAAUAGAGUCAGUGGGUAUCAAUUUAAUUAAUUAGGCUAGAAUGUGAGUUUUAAA